ACUGAGGACUUGUAAAAAAACUAAAUUUAACGCGGACGUAGUCGCGGGCGGCUGAUAGGAUACAAUAUCAAACUAAUUGUUAGCGAGUUAUUUAUUCGAACCUCCUCUACACAACUCUAUAACCGCAUUCCCGUCGCACAACGCUGUCACCACAUUCCUUUGUUUUCGUCCACACACAACAAAUGACUUCUAUUAACAAACGUGGCAUAAUAAUGAUGAUUUGAAUCUUGUUUUUUUUUGAGUGCGUAUGCUGUUGGUCUCAGAUGACCUUUACAGCGUCACCGGGUUUGGGGACGUCGAGAUCUUUAUGGGACCUCAAGCCGAGAAUUGGCGAGUGCCUCUAGAGGUAUUCCAAGCGAAUGGCAUCUCCCCACGGGGUGAGUCUCCUCUCCGUGUGGAGCCUCUAGACCACUCGAACCUGAGGGGAUCGGCUCAACUAGAGGGCGUCUCUGAGACUCGGACCUCGGCUUUAGUUAGCCGUUGUCGUGGGGGGCGGGGAGGAACGCCCAGGUACGUACCUGUACCUGGUAUAGCGUGUCGUGUGUACCGUGUCUUCGCACUUUUAUCCUACGGGUGCGGUGUCUGCCUAAUGCUACGCUAGUCUGCCUAAUGCUAAGCUAGUGUGCAAUUAUAUCGAUAUCUGGUAAUUAAACGAUUGGCGAUAGUGAAAGACAUAGUGUUGUGAUUGUGAGAGGUCAAGUUGCAGUGAUUAAAUAACACGUGAUAAACAGAUUCACAUGCGUCGAUCGACCACAUUCGCUUAUUUACUAAACAUACAGUGUGAUAAAAAUUAAUUCAUAACAAACGCUUUUACAGAUCUGGGGAAUUACAAUUUAUAUGAUAACUGACUCUUUUCAUUUAUUAGUCUUGGUUAUCUAUACUAAUCCCACUCAAUCACGCAAAAACUAUGACAAGAAAUAUAUUAUGACCUGGAUUGGGACAUAUGAUACUUUUUAUCCCGGAAAAAUGUAAGUUUCCUGUGGGGGUUCUCAAAAAACCAAAGUUAACGCGGACGGAGUCCCGGGCGGCCGCUAGUAUUACAAAUGCGAAACUGUGUUUGUCUAUUACCUCGUCACGCUUAAACCGCUGAACCGAUUUAGAUAAAAUUUGAUAUACAGAUAGUUUGAGUGGCGGAAAAAGACAUCGGAUAGUUUUAGUCCUAGAAAUCAUCCUUCAAGGGUGUGGAAAGGGGGCAAAAGUUUGUAUGGGAAAUUAAUAUUUCAACGUAGAUGAAGUCGCGGACACCCACUAGUCUAAUAUAAACAAGUCACAAGGAACGUAUUGUUAUAAAAAUUAUGUCUUUAUGCGUUUCGCAUUGUCACAUUAAUAUUUACGGCCUGACUCGGAGAUUUCAAUUAAAUGCUAGUCAAAAAUUGUUGACUUGUCUUAAGCUAUAGCUAGUCAAGACAAGCCAAGCAAUAAAUCGUAGAAGAAGUGAGAUAAUUUACAAAAAUAAAUAUGUAGAAUUUUUGAAUGGGCUCGUUACCGUUUCUAGUAAUAUGUUAUAAAAUUUAAAUAGUUUAGAAUAAGAACUUAAUUUUGACAGAUUAUAUGCACUAAGUAAUUUUCUAUGUACCUUUCCACUAACAGGCUUUUAACCAAUAAUGUAUAUUAUACGUAAUAGCUUUUAACGCUUUGUUUUAAUUUCUUCUGGAGUGGUCGAGUGAAUAUACACUUAAACUUUUACUUUAUGUACGUAACACAUCAAAAAAACACUCCUUCACGUAUUUAUUUCAUAUAUUUUCACACACAAAAAACAUUAAAUAAAAAAAAUUUUAAACGAGAAAAUGUGCAUUCUCAUGAACACGGAACCUGUAACCAGUAAAAGGUUAAUAUGUAAAAAUAUUAAAAAAUCACACUAAAACUGGUUAUAAUAUUUUAAAAAGUGUUUUAUUUACUCUCUCUCAGUCUCAGUCUCAUAAUAGUCAAAUAAUUUUAAAAGAACAGAUUAAUUAUUAGAGUUUACUCCUUAAGAAUCGAUUUACAUAUAUAAGGGGCCCGGUAUGAGAAAAAUGUGAGGAGUAAAAUCUAUCGAUGAAUGACCUCGUUACGUUUUUGGUGCGCAUCCUAUGUCGCGCAACUUUGACAAACAAAGAUGACGCAUUGACAUUAAUAUUUUUUUUUAAAUCUGAACUGAAUUUAGAUAUUGUUUCUGAUAGAGCAAUGGGGACAACGAGGUAUGGUACAACCAUUGAUGUGGUAUUUUCAAGAUUCGUAAACCACGUAUCUACGAACGCCCAUGUGUCUUAUUUUAGUUACCAUAAACCACUUGUCACUGUAAUUAAUAAUGCAGACAAUGUUGAUUUAAUUAAUAUUUAAAAAAAUGAUAAUAGUCUGAUAAUAAUAAUUACAUUAUUUAUCAACAUUCCUAAUGAUAUAUUUGUGAGAUGUGCAUACAUCUGAAAUUGACUAUUGUAAAAAGUUUAAUGUAAAAUAUUUCGUCGAUUAGUUAUAAUAAAUGUAUAUGAAAUGACUAAAUAUAUAUUUAUAUAUGAAUAUUAUUUUCAUUAAUUUGUUAAUUUACCCUUUCAUACAGUAUCAAUCUUUUUUAAUUAAAUAAACACUUUUUGCGUCUGGUUAGACUAUCGAACUUAAGGAGUAAACGCCAGUCGUGCGUCGGAGCUGACACACAUAUUUUUUUUUUACUAAACAGGUUGUAUAUAACUUUCAUAUCUUGAUUUGUCGUCGUCCCUAUAAAGACCGGAAAAGACAAACAAUACAUAACAAAGCGUAUUGAUAGAAGCAUAAUGACCUCCACAAUGUUAAAUAUAAUAAAUUAAAUAUAUAUAUUAGUUUACAUGUCAAUAUAACUAGCGUUCACUUCAUACGCAAUGCUUUAGUAUCUACUGCAUAGCUGAAUCGAUAAAAAGUGAUGGGAUCCAGAAAAAAUUCAGCUGUUACCAUAGCUGCAGCAUUUCUACUGAUAACAUGUUCCGCCACGGACAACAACCAAGUUCACGGUGACACAUGCAGCAGGCUUGCUUCAUGUUCCUCUUGUCUUGAGAAGAGUUACUGUUCGUGGUGUGUUACUAAGAGCAAGUGCACCAAACAAGCAUGCGGGAACGAUAACGUGAUAUACCCCAAAAGAGUGAAAGCUCUAAUGUCAGGCCCUGAGUUUUGCCCCAGAGCCGUCAUGCCCGAGAACGUAUUGGUAUUCGAAAGUGGUAAGAGGCAAAUAAUUACUGUGAAGAUCACCCAGAUCUAUUUGUAUAUGGCAUUCACCCAAUGGCGAUGCAAAAUAAGUUUAAAAGGAAGGGAAACUAUAGUACAUGCACUGCUUUUGGCUGACGAGGUUUACUGUGACUCGGCAGAACUGAUUAAUGAUACUGACAAUGCAUACAUAGACGGCAACAUCGAAAUAAUGUGGGACCACAACAAGACAUUUGAUGGUAUAACGUUUUUUAAAGUGUGUAGAUGUGAUAUCGAUCCUAGUUGUAUUGCUUGUAGCAAAUCAUAAAAAGAAACCCGAACUGAUAAGUUUGUUUUUGUUUAUACUGUGCCUGAUUGUCUCACGAUUCGCUAACCAUAUUAAUGUUCUGAGCCCAAAACAAAAUUUAACAGC